UCAUCUACACCUGGAGACUGUUCAGCUGUUCCACUGGGGGGGGAGGGUGUAUGUAUGCCUGUGUGCAGCAGUUCUGUCGGUUAUUUUUUUUAAAACUGGGGGUUCCAAGUUCUGAAGCAGAAGCAGACGUCUCCGUAAAAAGAUGAAGCAGCACUGGCGGAAAGCCACCACGUACUCCCUCUUCUUCUUCAACCACCUUUUCUUUGUCUUGGGCGCCAUGAUCCUGGGCAGCGGCAUAUGGAUUCUGGCCGACAAAAAGAACUUAAUUUCAAUCCAGCAGAUCUCGCUGUCCUCCUUCCGGUCCGGGCCCUAUGUCCUCAUCAGCGUCGGGGCCAUCACAAUGGUGAUGGGGCUCCUGGGCUGCAUCGGGGCAUUCAGUGGGAUCCGGUGCUUCUUGGGACUGUACUUCACCGGCCUGCUGCUCCUUCUCACAGCCCAGAUAGUCGCCGGCAUGCUCAUCUACGUCCGCGCAAACAAACUCAAGGAAGAAGCGUCCACGUACGUCAUCCACCUCAUCCAGAAUUACGACCUGAGGCACGAAAGCAACAGGACCGCGAUGAUUGCCUGGGACUCUUUCCAGACCCAGAUGUCUUGCUGUGGCUGGACUGGGCCGGAAAACUGGAAAAACAACACCUUCCUCCAGGACAGCAAGUGGACGUCCUACCCUUGCUCUUGUGGCGUUAACGCAACUGGCUCCCCGAAAGACAUGGGCUUCUGCUCAUUGGCCGCUUCUUCCAACAACACGUUUGACGACUGGCCGGUGAGGAAGAAGGGCUGUGCGGCAGCCAUGCAGAACUGGCUGCAUGAGAACUAUCACGCCAUCCUUGGCGUCUGUGCAGGGGUCAGCCUCACCGAGCUGUUGGCAAUGGGGCUCUCCAUUUGCCUCUGCAAGAACAAAAUACACUGAGGGGUGGGGCCCAGUGGCAAGAGAAGCCGGCCCUGGCAGGCGCCACCCCGGAGCAAGUGGAACAUUUCCUUCCU